AUGGAACAAUCUCGAGAUAGAGCUGCUGGUGGAUCUGUUAACAGUCCUCCAUGGUUUGAUGGCGGCUGUGAAAAAUAUAAUCAAUGGAAAAUAUACAUGAAAUCAUACAUGUAUGCACAAGAUGAGCAUGUAUGGAAUAUAGUGGAAAAUUGCUGGAAGACACCUACAGUUCCAGCUAAAGGUGAGGGUUUAUCUGCUAUUCUUCCUAAACCACGGAAGGAUUGGACUGAAGAGGAAGUACGUGAUCUUCAAGCUGACUUCAAAAUAAAGAAUAACAUCUUUACUACUCUCUCUGAACGUGAAAAGCUGAGGAUUAGUCAUUGUGAUACCGCAAAGCAAGCUUGGGAUCUGCUACAGACUACAUAUGAAGGAAACAAAAAGGUCACGAUUAUUGAGGAUUCUUUUGACAUUGAUGACUAUCCACUAGAUGAACUUAUUGGAAAUCUAAAAACUUAUGAACUGAGGCUGAAACUUGAAAAGAAAUCCAAAGGUAUGGCCUUCAAGGCUGCAAAAGGGACAGAAGAGGAAGAUGAAUCACUUGAUCUUGCUCUUCUGACUAAAGAGUUCAAAAAGUUCCUUAGAAAUAAGUCCUCUUCUCGAAAUUUCAAUGCUCCCAAGAAAAACUUUGUUAGUAGUGCUAGCAAUGAUAACAAUGUUAAGAGUGGGAAAGGAAAUUUUAAAGGAAGUAAUUCUGGAAAAAUAAAAUGCUAUGAAUGUGGUGGCUAUGGCCAUAUUUCUACUGAUUGUGGUAACAGGAAGCAUGGAAAUAGCAAUAACAAAUCUCUUCUCCCAACAUGGAGUGAUGAUGAACAUCAAGAGGUCGAAAAUGUAGCUUUCGUGUCAUCUCUCUCACACAAAUCUGAAAGUGAUGAAGGAUUCUCAGAUGACGAGACUACUGUCCGUUGCAAACAACUCUAUAAAUCAUCAAAAGCCACAUUGCUAAAAAAUCCAAGUUUGGAAGAUGAAGUUGUGAUAUUGAAGGCUGAGAAGGAGAAGUUGGAGCUUAUGUGGAGGACUUCUCAAACCACAUGGGAACAAGAAAGAAACAAGUUCACAGACGAGUUACAUAACUCACCAAGCAACAAAAGUCCUCAGACUUGGAAGACUAAACGUGCUGAACUGAAGAACAAAGUCAAGAUACUUGAACUUGAGGAAGAACUGAAUUCCACUCAAGAGAAGUUCACAAAGUUUGAGAUAAGCUCUGGAAUUGCAUCAAAGUUAUUCAGUUCAGGAAAAGCCCAUCAUGAUACAUUCGGACUUGGAUAUUCUGGAGAAGGGUCCAAAAGUACAUGUUUUAUGAGAGAAACUAAUCAAGUAGUAGAGAAAGAUAUUUCUUCAUCACAUAUUGAAGCAACCUGCCUGGUAGCACUUACUGCCUUGGCAGACAAACGAAAGGAUUUCUGGUAUGUUGAUAGUGGUUGCUCCAGACACAUGACUGGGGAUAAAGCUUGGUUUACCUUGUUUCAAGAUGAAAGCACUACUAGCUCAGUUACUUUUGGUGAUGGGAGAAAAGCUAAAAUUCUUGCACGAGGAACUGUCAAUGCUCCUGGAAUUCCUAAUCUCAAAAAUUUCUUGUAUGUUGAAGGUUUAACUGCUAAUCUGAUAAGUGUCAGUCACUUGGCUGAUGAUUAUGAGGAUGUUUGGUUCAACAAGCAAAGAUGUGUGGUCCUCGAUAAAAAUGGUGAAAAUAUUAUUGGAGGUAAGAGAUCAUUAGAUAAUUGUUAUCACAUUCAAGCUAACGAAUCUCUGAAUGUACAAGCUUGCUUCUCUGUAAGAUCUACUGAAGAGACCUUUGAAAUAUGGCACAGAAGAUUGGGACAUGUGAACUAUCAGGAUCUACUCAAACUAUCCACCAAGCAGUGUAUCAGGGGUCUACCAGCUCUAAGUGGUAGGACUGAUAAGAUAUGUGGAGGAUGCAAGACUAGAAAGCAAACCAAGUCUCCCCAUCAGGCAUUAAACUCUACAACUACCACAAGAGUGCUGGAACUGCUACAUAUGGAUCUUAUGGGACCAGCUCAAACAGAGAGCCUUGGAGGAUUAAGCCAGAGAAUGAUAAUUGAAAAACAGUCCACAAAUAUGUGCUUAGUAAGAGUGAGGUCUGAUAAUGGCGCUGAAUUCAAAAAUGCUACUUUUGCUAACUAUUUCCAUGAGUUAGGUGUUUCUCAUGAAUUUUCAGCUCCCAUUACUCCACAGCAAAAUGGAAUAGUUGAGCGCAAAAAUAGAGCUGAGGCUAUUAGUACUGCAUGUUACACCAUCAAUAGAGUCUUCUUGAGACCUGGAACUAAACAAACAGCUUAUGAGCUGUGGAAGGGUAAGAAACCAAACAUAGGUCACUUUCGUGUGUUUGGAAGCUCUUGCUAUAUCUUGAGAGAUCGAGAGCAACUGGGCAAAUUUGAUGCACGAAGUGAUGAUGGUAUUUUCCUUGGGUACUCUAUUAAUAGUCGAGCAUAUAGAGUUUAUAACAAACGAACUAGGAUUGUUAUGGAAUCUAUUAACGUGUCUAUUGAUGAUCAUUACAUUAGACAGGAGGAAGUUUUUGCAGAAACAUCAUCUUCUCCCAGUUUAGAGUCUGGAGACACAUCAGUUACUGAUGAAAAGGAAGAGAAUGUUGACAGCAUCUUCGAGCUAGCUCCUCAAAUGAGAAGGGGGUUCAAGCAAGUCUAA